CCAAGACACUCACAUGGUUGCCAUACACAGAGCGAGAGAGAUGAUCAUAGCUGUUCUCUUCGUUCUCAACUGUGUCCUCAGUACCAUACGAGCUGAUCCAUCAGCUUAUGGUGAUCAUGCGCUCGCGUGGAGGCCGGUCUCCUCCCUCCCCGACGAGCUCCGCGACCUCGGCGUCCGCGCGUUGAUCCGCGACGACGCAGAUGCCACCGCGCGCGCGUCCGCCGACUUCGGCAACAUGUCAGUGGACGUGGGCGUGCCGGCGGCCGUGCUCUACCCGUCGUGCCUCGACGACAUCGCCGCUCUGCUGCACGCGUCGAGCACUCGCCCCUCCCCGUUCCCGGUGUCCGCCCGUGGCUGCGGCCACUCGAUCCGCGGCCAGGCAUCCGCGGCCGGGGGCGUCGUAGUGAAUAUGCCGUCGCUCGGGCGCCUCGCCGGCAGCUCUGCUGCCCGCCUCUCCGUGUCUGUCGACGGCCGCUACAUCGACGCCGGCGGCGAACAGCUGUGGGUGGACGUGCUGAAUGCCUCCCUCGCGCACGGCCUCACUCCAAGGUCGUGGACCGACUACCUCCACCUCACCGUCGGCGGCACGCUCUCCAACGCCGGCAUCAGCGGCCAGGCCUUCCGCCACGGCCCCCAGAUAUCCAACGUCCAAGAACUCGACGUCAUCACCGGACUCGGCGAGAAGGUGACGUGCUCGAAGGAGAAGGACCGCGACCUGUUCGACGCCGUGCUGGGCGGGCUGGGGCAGUUCGGCGUCAUAACGCGGGCGCGCAUCCCGCUCGUGCCGGCGCCGGCGAGGGCUCGCUGGGUGCGGCUCUUGUACACGGACGCCGCGGCGCUCACCAAGGACCAGGAGCGGCUCAUCGACAUCGACGUCGAGAUCGGCACCGGCGCUGUGUCCGGGCUCAUGGACUACGUGGAAGGGUCGGUGCUCGCGGAUCAGGGCCUCGCCGGGAGCUGGCGCUCGUCCUUCUUCUCGGAGGCCGACGCCGCACGCGUCGCUGCGCUCGCCAAGGAGGCAGGCGGCGUCCUGUACUGCCUCGAGGGAGCGCUGUACUACGGCGGCGCAGCCGGCAGCAGCGAGCGCGACGUUGAUAAGAAGCUGGAUGUGCUGCUGCGGGAGUUGCGGUAUGAGCGGGGCUUCGGGUUCGUGCAGGACGUGUCGUACGUGGGGUUCCUGGACCGAGUGCGCGACGGUGAGCUCAAGCUCCGCGCCACCGGUUUGUGGGAAGUGCCGCAUCCCUGGCUCAACCUCUUCCUCCCGCGCUCUCACGUCCUCGACUUCGCCGCUGGCGUCUUCCACGGCAUCCUCCGCCGAGGUACCACCGGCGCCUCGGGCCCCGUCCUCAUCUACCCCAUGAACCGUAACAGGUGGGACGGCGAGGCAUCGGUGGUGUUCCCGGAGGAGGAGGAGGUGUUCUACACGGUGGGGAUCCUGCGGUCGUCGGUGCCGGCGUCGUCGGACGGCGGCCAGCUGGAGAGGCUCCUGGAGGAGCAGAACGAGGAGAUCAUGCGAUUCUGCGAGGAUGCCGGGAUGGCGUGUGUGCAGUACCUACCGUACUACGCCGGUCGGUCCGGCUGGGAGAAGAAGCACUUCGGACCAAACAAGUGGGCCAGGUUCGUGGAGAGGAAGCGCAAGUAUGAUCCCAAGGCGAUCUUGUCCCGUGGACAGAGAAUUUUCACAUCCCCACUGGCUUGAUCGAUUGAUCGAUGCCGACGUAUAGCUAGACGCCGAGGGAUUCUCAUGCAUGUCAUCAUGAUAUGUCCUGCGUGCAUGCAUGGUCCCGGCCGGAGCAUCGAUAGAUACGUAUCAAUCAUCGUACACAUAUAUAUCAUGGCAAGGGAAACGAUGUUAAAUUAAGG